AAUGGGACAAGAAUGUUAGAAAUGCUAAAUGAGGCCAGAAGUACAACAUUAAAGUGAAUUAAAUAAAAAAGAAGAAAUUAGUUCUGAUUCUGAUUCUGAUCCUGAAUAUGAAGAAGAAGACGAAAAACAGCCGUGUAAAUAUUAAUGAGUUUAUAAUUAGAAAAACCACCUUCAAUGGAUAGUAAAUCAAACUCUUCUACAUUUUUUAAGGAGCAAUACAUUUCUUAAAAUUCAAAGCAUGAGUAAAUUGAAAGUCUUUAGAAUUAAAUAAAAUUUGAAGAUGGUGGAAUCUAUACUGGAAUGAUUAUAAACAAUAAGGCAAAUGGAUUUGGGAGAUUAGUUAUGCCAAAUGGAGAUAUAUAUGAGGGCAGUUUUAUUAACAAUUAUUUAGAGGGAGAUGGAAAAUGUAUUUAUGCAAGAGGACCUAUAUACACUGGAUAAUUUAAGUAGGGAAAAUCAAAUGGAAUUGGUAAAGAAGUAUGGCCUGAUGGUUCUGUUUAUGAAGGAGAGUUCUAAAAUGGUAAAAAGAAUGGAAAAGGAAUUUAUAAGUGGAGUUAGUAAAGUACAUAUAAUGGAGAAUGGUUGGAUAAUAUGAUUAAUGGAAUUGGUAAAUAUGAAUGGCCAGAUGGUAGGGUAAUUUAUUAGUUAUUUAGAACAUAGUCUUAUUAUGGUUAUUGGGUUAGAAAUUAAAUGCAUGGUCGAGGAUUUUAUAAAUGGAUAGAUGGAAAAUAUUAUGAUGGAGAAUAUGAAGCCGAUAAAAAGUCUGGAUUUGGUAUUUUUAAUUGGCCUGAUGGAAAAUAAUAUUAGGGUUAUUGGUUAGAUGGAAAAUAACAUGGAAAAGGACUUAUGAUUAAUAAAGAAGGAAAGAAAAAAUUUGGAGAAUGGUAAAAUGGUAAAUUAAUAAGUUGUUCUGAUGAAUCUAAUUUAUAAAUUAUUCCAGAUGGUUGGUUUCUGAACACUUUUAAUUAAUGA